AGUGGGCGUUUGCGUGCAGUUUUAACACAUGGGCGACUAUGUUAUAAGAGUUGGAAUGCCGUUGCACAGACGCCAAACUGCUGUUUUACUGCUCUUAUCGUUCUGCUGCAGCUGAGGUCAAACACAGGGUUUGUGUGCGCAGAGAGGAGAGAAGCCAGGGGAGCAGCGCAGCCACAUUCAGCAGAACCGGAACCAGCUGGGAAAGUGGAGAAAAGACUUUAACUUAGCAAAAAUGAGACUUUCUUCUUUGCUGUUGUUGUCAGGUAUUUUUGUGUGCACGCUUCCCUCUCUGAUAAACUGCGAGGAAGAGGGAAUCCCCAAAGACAAACUUCUAGUUUUGACUGUUGCGACCAAAGAGACUGAUGGCUUCAGGCGUUUCUUGAGGACGGCUAAACACUUCAACUAUACGGUCAAGGUUCUGGGCCGAGGUCAGAAAUGGAAGGGAGGUGACUACAUGUCAGCCCCAGGAGGAGGCCAGAAAAUACGACUUCUUAAAGAGGCUCUGAAGGAGAUGAAGGACGAGGACCAAAUCAUCCUUUUUAUUGACAGCUAUGAUGUGGUUUUUGCCUCGGGCCCCAAAGAGCUGCUCAAGAAGUUCCAGCAGGCCAAACACAGGGUUGUAUUCUCCUCCGAGACCCUCAUCUGGCCAGACAGACAUCUGGAGGACAAACAUCCCCACGUCAGGGAGGGCAACAGGUUCCUGGGCUCAGGGGGUUUCAUUGGAUACCUUCCCAACAUCAAAGAGCUGGUGGCUAAUUGGACGGGAGAAGACAGCGACAGCGACCAGCUGUUUUUCACCAAGAUUUACAUCGAUCAGUCGAAACGAAAAUCCAUAAAUAUCACCCUGGACUUCAAAUGCAGAUUGUUUCAGAACCUUCAUGGAGCUCUCGAUGAGGUGGUGCUGAAGUUUGAGGACGAGCGAGUACGAGCCAGAAACGUGCUGUUUGAUACUCUGCCUGUGAUCAUCCACGGGAACGGACCAACAAAGCUCCAGAUAAACUACCUGGGAAACUACAUCCCCAGAACAUGGACAUUUGAGACUGGGUGCACAGUGUGUCAUGAGGAUCUACGCUCUCUCACAGCUCUAAAGGAAAGUGAAUACCCGCUGGUGGUGAUUGGCAUCUUCAUUCAGCAGCCCACCCCCUUUGUCACGGUGUUCUUUGAACGCCUGCUGAAGCUGCAGUACCCCAAGAACAAGCUCAAACUCUUCAUUUAUAACCAGGAAGCUCACCAUGUGCGUCAGGUCCACUCUUUCGUGCAGGAUCAUGGGAGCCUUUAUGAGGACGUUAAGCUCGUUGAGCCUGAAGAAGAGAUGGAUGGAGGUGCCUCUCGGAACCUAGGCUUUGAUCUGUGCCGAAAGGACCCAGACUGUGAAUAUUUCUUCAGUGUGGACAUUGAAGUGGUCUUAAAGAACAAGAAUACACUCAAAAUUCUCAUUGAACAAAACCUUCCUAUUGUAGCACCGAUGAUAACUCGAAAUGGUCGACUGUGGAGCAACUUUUGGGGAGCCCUCAGUGAAGACAGUUACUACGCCAGGUCUGAGGACUACGUGGACAUUGUUCAAGGACGGAGAGUGGGCGUGUGGAAUGUGCCAUAUGUGUCCAAUGUGUACCUGGUGAAGGCCGGCCUCCUCCGAAAAGACCUGAAAGACUACGAGCUGUUCACUUCACACUCCUCUGAUCCUGACAUGGCUUUCUGCCACAACAUACGCAGCGAGGGAAUCUUCAUGUAUGUAACCAACAUGCACACAUUUGGACGCAUCCUGUCAACAGAAAAUUACCAGACCAGUCAUCUACACAAUGAUCUGUGGCAGAUCUUUGAAAAUCCCCUGGACUGGGAGGAGCGCUACAUUCAUGAGAACUAUACCCGCAUCAUGAAGGACAAGCUGAUUGAAACUCCAUGUCCUGAUGUGUACUGGUUCCCAGUCUUCUCCAAUGUUGCUUGUAACCACCUGAUUGAAGAAAUGGAGCACCAUGGAAAGUGGUCACAAGGGAACAAUGUGGACACCAGAAUCCAGGGUGGCUAUGAGAACGUUCCCACCAUCGACAUCCAUAUGAAUCAAGUCAACUUUGAAAAAGAAUGGCAGAAAUUCCUAGUGGAGUAUGUGGUACCAAUAACAGAAAAAAUGUUCCCUGGAUACUACACCAAGGCUGACUUCGACUUGGCAUUUGUAGUUAGAUAUAAGCCCGAUGAGCAGCCCUAUUUAAGGCCGCACCAUGACGCCUCCACGUUCACUAUAAACAUCGCACUCAAUCAAGUGGGCCUGGAUUACCAGGGUGGGGGGUGCAGGUUCCUCCGCUAUGACUGCUCCAUCCAGGCUCCUCGUAAAGGCUGGGCCCUCAUGCACCCGGGCCGCCUCACCCACUACCACGAAGGCCUGCCGACCACUGCCGGUGUCCGCUACAUCGCCGUGUCCUUCGUGGAUCCCUGAGCUCCCAAAGAUGGCUCACACACCGACCGUAUGCUCCAGCAUCAGUUUCUAUGUUUUUUUUAUUUAGAGCAGUUUAUCUUUUCAUCAACUCAUUUCCUUUAAUAUACUAUCGCCUCUGUCUCACUGUCACAGUCAUGUUUGAGGUUCACUUGGUGAUCAGCAGAAACAUGGAACACAGAUGAACAGUACUGUCACCACUUACAGUGAGAACUGGGUCAAAGUAACAGUUUAUUGAAACUGUCAGCCGGUGUUGACUUUGUGUUCACAUCGUAGUCACAGCACUCAGAGCACGCCUCACCCAUUCACACACAGAGAAGAGCAGCUUGGGGUUCAGGAUCUCGCCCAAGGACACUUUGGCAUGAAGAACUAUCAGAGGCUGACAGGCUGCAUUAUCAGCAGGGCCCCAGAAUACUGAGGUCUGAAAGUUAUCUGUUUGCUCAUAGGCUUUUAAUUAAGCACUCUGGAAACUUUAUGCCAGGUUAUUAAACAUCAUCAAAGGGUAUCUGAGAAGCAGCAGGUGACGUCGCGGCUCACACACCUGUGUGUGAAAGGUGUGCUGCUUUAGAAAUCUGAGUGCUGCACACAGAAGUUUGAUUCUGCAACAGCAAACACGAUGGAUGGAGGAACUUUUAAGCAUUUUUUUCUUAAUUCAGGGAAUUAAGUCAGGAAACAGUUUUUCCCAGAUUUUUCUGAAGAUUAAGUUUUUAUGUCCGACCGACAAUUAAAAUGAUGGUUUUUAGAUCAUUCAUAAUAACUGCUGGUUGAAGAUGGCUGCUGAGUGGCAUGACUUGCUUCCACCAGGCAGGUAUCUCCAUUUUUCCUUUUUAAAGUGACCACCAUAAUUGAUGCACUAUGUAAACGUGUAACACUAUAUCAGCAUAAAACAGCAUGUAAUAGAUAUGUUUGCAAAUAUUUUCAUGGCAGCCUUGUUAAGCUGUGGGUAGACUUUAGAGCGCGACCUGAGUAAGCCGAGCUCAGGGGUUUAAUGAGCCGCUGGCUCAGCAUCAAGUUACUGAUUUUACCUCCAGGGCCAAAGUUGACACAUGCUGACAUCACACAUUAAAACACGUUACUUUGGUCCCAGUUCUGACUGCUGGAACAAUAUCGCUUUAGUCUGCCGUGCUGUUCAGUUUCUUUAUAGGAAGAGGAGGAGUUAUUGUCCUGGGAGCUCAGCUUCAAUGAAAAUUUGCCAUUUAUUUCAUUUUAUUUCACUGAAUUUUUGUAGCGUUACUGAAAAUAUGCGCACUGUUAAUGGCACAAUCCUGCUGUUAGGAUCUUUUGUGAUUGUGUGCUUUGUUUAGGUGUUGUUGUGCCUUCAGCUGAUUGUGUCACAUUGUAAACAGGCCUUUGAUUUGUGAAGACGUGUUUACUUCAGUAAGUUACACGAACUGUGCCUUUUCCUGGAGCUGAAGCAGCCUCGCUCAGACUCUCCAAAGCCAUUUAUUUAUUUUUGUAUAUGAGAUAAAAGCUGUCCUGUGAUGUUUCAUGUUGGAGUCAGAGCUCACUGAUGUUCAAAUAAUCCGGUGAACUCAUCAUUUUGGGACAGAUCCUUCAGUGAGACUGUAACAAUCCUGCAGAUAUGGAUGCCAAGGCGUUUAUAUUAGAAGCACACUUUAACUACCACUUCAUUAAUUUUGGUCUGAAGGUUCAGGUCAGCUGAAUUAAGCCACUUUUAUUUUUUUGGUCAUUUGAAUUUCCUUUUCAGAUCACACUUAGGAAAAAUGUUUCUCUUUGUUAAACACACAUGCACAAUACAAUGUUUAUUUUCUGUUUUAAUUCAUAUAACCAAAGAUAAAUAAAACCGUUUCCCACCCCA